CGCGCUGCCUUCCAUUAAGGAAGUGCCUAAUGUUAGCAUGCUAGCAUAACUUAGCUAACGCUCGCUGUUUAUUAACGCGCUGCAUUGCUAGCUUACGUGUAUUCGGUAAAUAUAACUGGUGUGUGUGAGACAGGUAGACGUGUUGAUACAGCUCCACAACAGCUCAUUGUCCACAGUAGUGUUUGCAGCGCUGUGCUAACGCAGCGGCUAAUGAAGUUUAGCAAACCGUUAUGCUAACUAACGUAACCUUACAGUAACGUCGAUCCUUUGUGUUGUAGCUAACGCGCUAGCUUAGCUGACCGAGCGUGUCCAGUCAAUGUAUAGUGCCCUCUCAAAGCAUGAUUUGAGUCCUGGUUUCAUAUCACUAACAUCGCUUGGACAAAUUUUGUUACCAAGCGGAGCUGUGCGGUGUUAAAUGGUACCCAGCUGUGCUAUUACUCCCGUAGCGUCACACUGUGUUUGCUUUAAAGUGUCUAAUAUGAAGGUUAUAUUAAGUGUAGUAGGGUGUGUCAGUCAAAGGCUGUGGGUAGAUCGCGCAUGGAGCGUGAUCUCAAUGUUACUUGAAGAGGUGAUGAAACAUAAAUGAGCCCCAUGGGAAGGAGUUGCAGCAGCAUGACAGCCAGGAGCCAGAUCAUGUUCAUGUGGUUAUACAGACACAAAUAUAAGUAGUACACAACAUUAAAAAAAAGUGCAAUCUGUAUGUGUAAGUGGGAAGUGUGAAUUAACAAGUACUGGUAUCAGGAUGCAUGCGCUGCUCGGAGUGAAGCACUGGAGAUGUGUUUGUAGGAUGUGAACAACAUACAGCCAAACAGCUUUGGCUCUCAGUGGGAGUUAAAGUGCUGCAGGACUUCAUCAGUGAUGUUGCAGUUGGAGUGAAGAGAGGAUCAGACGAGCUGAGUAUGUACAACAGUCCCAACUCUGGCAUGAGCAGUAUCAGUGAUGGGGCAUCCAACGGCAGUGACAGUAAAAAACUGAGGGUGGAGGAGGCCCCACCGUCUCGUGUGCUCCACAUCAGGAAACUGCCCAACGAGGCCUCAGAGACAGAAGUCAUCGCCCUCGGCUUGCCUUUUGGCAAAGUCACCAAUAUCCUCACACUGAAGGGAAAGAACCAGGCAUUUUUGGAGAUGGGGACGGAGGAGGCAGCCAUCACUAUGGUGAACUACUACACCACUGUGACUCCUCAUAUCCGCAAUGUCCCCGUCUUUAUUCAGUACUCCAAUCACAAAGAACUCAAAACUGAUGCUGGCAACCAGCGGACCCAGGCGGUGCUUCAGGCAGUGUCGGCAGUCCAGUCUGGUGGGUCACCAAGCUCAGAUGUACAGGAGGCUCUGGCUGCGGCCUCCAGUCCUGUGCUGCGGAUCAUCAUCGACAACAUGUUCUACCCUGUAACGCUGGAUGUACUGCAACAGAUUUUCUCCAAGUUUGGUACAGUCAUGAAGAUAAUCACAUUCACCAAGAACAAUCAGUUCCAGGCUCUUCUGCAGUUCAGCGAUCCUGUCAAUGCACAGCAAGCCAAACUGGCACUCGAUGGUCAGAACAUCUACAAUUCAUGUUGCACGCUGCGAAUCGACUUCUCCAAGCUGGUCAACCUAAAUGUCAAGUACAACAAUGAUAAGAGCCGCGACUACACACGACCUGAGCUGCCUGCUGGUGACGGCCAGCCCAGCCUCGACCACUCGGUGGCCGCUGCAUUCACCAAAGAUUCCAACUCCCUCCUCGGUAAGAUCCCAGGAGCCCUGAACCCUCUGAGCGCGGCAGCGGCGGCUGCUGCUGCUGCAGGGAGGGUGGCCCUAGCUGGGCAGGCGGGGUCCAGUGGGGUCCUGCUGGUCAGCAACCUUAAUGAGGAGAUGGUUACGCCCCAAAGUCUGUUUACCCUCUUCGGAGUGUACGGCGAUGUCCAGAGGGUGAAAAUCCUUUACAAUAAGAAGGACAGCGCUCUCAUUCAGAUGUCAGAUGCCAACCAGGCCCAGCUGGCAAUGAGCCACUUGAAUGGCCAGAAGAUGUACGGGAAGAUCAUCCGGGUGACGCUGUCCAAACACCAGACUGUGGCGCUGCCUCGUGACGGCCUGGACGACCAGGGCCUGACCAAGGACUACGCCAACUCCCCACUUCAUCGCUUCAAGAAACCCGGCUCCAAGAAUUUCCAGAACAUCUUCCCGCCGUCGGCCACCCUCCACCUCUCCAACAUCCCACAAGAUGUGACGGAGGAUGACCUGCGGCUGCUCUUCUCCAACGCUGGAGGCACUGUGAAAGCAUUCAAAUUUUUCCAGGAUCGCAAAAUGGCUCUGAUCCAGAUGUCAACAGUGGAAGAGGCCAUCCAGGCCUUGAUUGACCUUCACAACUACAACAUGGGAGGCAACCAGCACCUGAGAGUCUCCUUCUCCAAGUCCACCAUUUAAACAAUCUGAGCCACAGUACCAGGGUUCAGUGUCUUGGAGGUGGUGGUCAGAAACCUUUCAGACUGUGUCUGGACACUGUGGGGGGGGGGGACCACAUUGAGUAAAUCAGUUUUGUUGUUGGGGUUUUGUUGAUCCUGUCAUUCCUUGAGAGAGACUGAAAUUUUUGACUUGCAUCCUUUUUUUAAAAAGAGAUACUGGAUCCUCCCAGCAAUUCUUAUUGGUACCUCUGUAUUUUUAUGUCAAGCAAAACAAUGACAUGAUUGAUUGUCCCCCUGUAUGAUAGUUUGGUGUAGAUCAGUGUUGAAUUCUUUAUUUAGUUGAAAAGAUACAGUACUUAUGUGCCUUACUUGACAAUAUGAACUGUUUCUACAGCUGGACACAUUCAUGAAUUGCUCCUUUGCUUUUGAGGCACAUUGGUAUUGGAUAUUUUGGGGGGUUAGUGAGAAUGUUUUGUCGUUCUCUAGACAUUUUCGAAGCUGUGCCACCAACCAGGCCAAGCUUGUUUUGUUUUAGACUCAUAACAUUUUCCCUUUUAGUUUAGCAGCAGGAGACGAUGUUCCCGAGGCAACAUGUAUGGGUUGUGACAGGGAGCUUAACUUGAAUUCCAUUAUUCCACAAGUAUGUCGAGUGUAAGAUCGUUCUCCCCCAGUUUUGAAUUCAAACGUCACAUAUCACGAUGUGGCUCGUGGCUAAGUAUUUCUUUAUUCGUGUUUUUGAAGCCUUCCAUGCUUUUUUUUCCCAUAGCAGUGAGAUGUAAUUGUCAGUGACAAAGGUUUUCUAAGCAUGUCUAGUUAUGGUAGGGUCUCACAUCAGAAAGUGUUGCAUGCUGUAUGAGCAGUUAGAAGAUGAGUCCACUGUGAUUUCAUUGUCAUGUGACAGUUUACUCGAGAGGGCUACUCAGUUGGACCAAAGUUUCUGUGCCUUUAGUGUUCCUUUGAAUUCAUUUUAACAAAAAGCAUUUGAACACACUGA